AUGUCGGUCAAGUUCGAGAAGGAGUCCGUCAGGACCACUACGGGCACCUCCGCGCCCAUCCCGAAGGGCGGCAAGCACGACGAUCUGGUCCACGACGUCGGCGAGGCUCUGACCCGCGGCGGCGGCGCCAAUGGCUAUCUCCAGGCCUAUCUCAAGCAGCUCCAGAGCAACCCGCUGCGCACCAAGAUGCUCACCUCGGGCACCCUGUCCGGCCUGCAGGAGUUCCUUGCCUCGUGGAUCGCUCAUGACCGCAACAAGGACGGCGGCUACUUCACCUCGCGCGUCCCCAAGAUGGCCAUCUACGGCGCCUUCAUCAGCGCCCCUCUCGGCCAUGUGCUCAUUCACAUUCUUCAGAAGCUGUUCCAGGGACGGACGAGCUUGAAGGCCAAGAUCUUGCAGAUUUUGGUCAGCAAUCUGGUCGUUUCGCCCAUCCAAAACGCCGUCUACCUGACCUCCAUGGCCGUCAUUGCUGGUGCGCGCACCUUCCACCAGGUGCGCGCCACCGUCAAGGCUGGUUUCAUGCCCGUCAUGAAGGUUAGCUGGAUCACUUCGCCUAUCGCGCUUGCUUUCGCCCAGAAAUUCCUGCCCCAGGAGACCUGGGUGCCUUUCUUCAACAUCAUUGGCUUCAUUAUCGGAACCUACGUGAACGCCCACACCAAGAAGAAGAGGCUCGCUGCGCUCAGGAGAAAGCACUACGGCGACAGCCGCAGCACCGUUGGCGACCGCGACGAAUACGGCAGGCCCCGAUACUAA